GAAACAUCGAUGUUUUGAAAACAUCGAUGCAUCGUUUGCAUUCCUAAGCACCGGUAUUGUGUUGUGUCGUUUGUUAAUUAAAAAAUAAGUAAUAUAUUUCUCUCAAAAAUGGAUAAAACGGAUGAGGAUGAAUCAAAUAAAUUCAGUUUGUUAGCUAUUGUAUUGGACACAAAUCCAUCCCAACGUAUUGUGCGACAAAACCCGCAGUUGCUAACUCAAUUCUUGGAUGCUAUUAUUGCUUUUGGCAAUGCACAUCUGAUGCAAUGCUCCCAAAAUAAACUAGCUGUCCUUUCUUGUCAUCAUCAUGCCACAGACUUCUUAUAUCCUAUGCCAGGAAAGCAGUUGGAUAUUCGUCAGGUUGAUGGACAAUACGAGGUCUUCAGUUUAGUAGAGAAGACUGUAAAGCAACGUUUAAGCCAUAUUAUAACCAAUGCUCCGAAAGUUAAUGCGCCUUGCGAGAGUCUCUUAGCAGGCAGCAUGGCAAUGGCUCUAUGCUAUAUAUCUAGAAUACAACGUAGUGCCGCCGCAGGUGUUAAAAUGCAUUCACGUAUUUUAGUUGUUACAGGCAGUAACGAAUGCGCCUCUCAGUACAUGACAUACAUGAACGUUUUCUUUACGGCACAAAAAUUAGGCAUUACUGUUGAUGUUUGUGCAUUGGAUAAGACUAUGAGUCUAUUACAACAGGGCUGCGACAUUACAGGUGGUCAAUAUCUACGUCUAACCCAGCUGGAUGGUUUGCUGCAAUAUUUACUGUGGGUUUUCCUACCCGAUCCACAAAUGCGUCAAAAGUUGGUCCUACCUCCUGCGACGAAGGUGGACUAUAGGGCCGCAUGUUUUUGCCAUCGUGAAUUAAUUGAUAUUGGCUACGUUUGUUCGGUGUGCUUAUCAACACGGUUUUCAAGAUACCCGGCCCAUUGCCGUCAAAACCAAAAAAGAAGAAAAAGGUCUGAUUAUCCUUUUGUUAUCUUCCUUUAUUAAUAUUAUCUAGUUCGGAAAUUAAUAAAUAAAAUAUUUUAUCAUUUAAGUGUUCCUUGUUAAUUUGCUGAAGUACAUUGGCCCAAAGUUCGCUGGCAGAUAGGGUAGUACCAUUUGUCCAUACUUCAUAUUCUUUGACUGCUCAAAUCUAAAUAUAUCCUCGAACAAUCGAAUUAAAUAACUCAGAUCCUUUACUGUCGCCGUUAUACCGUGCUCGUUGAAUACCUUCUGUAGUGCCAUGUGCACAACACCAUCAUUUUGAACAGGUGAAAGAGCACAUGUUGAAUAAACUAAGCUACCGCCCGGCUUAAGGAGCCGUAAGCAAUUUGACAAAAUAUUAGCUUGCAGUUCAGGUAUGCGUAAACGUUCCUUGAUACGAGUUGUUUUAAAAAUAUUGUUAUCAUUCUCCAUCAAAGAAUGGCGGUCUGUGGUACAAGGUACGUCUACAAGAAUUUUGUCAUAACUCUCGUAAACAUCUAAGAACCG